AUGAAGAUGUAUAACCUUAAAAUGUUAUUGUUUACCUUUUUAAUAAAUACAUUAGCAUUACCACAUUAUGAUAAUUAUCAAAAUAGCCAUUAUAAUAUAAACCUAAUACAAUAUAGAGCACAAAGAACAACGAUAAAUUCAAGAUUAUUAGCACAAACAAAAAAUCAUAAUCCGCAUUAUCAUAAUGACCCAGAACUCAAAGAAAUAAUUGAUAAAAUGAACGAGGAAGCAAUCAAAAAAUACCAACAAACUCAUGAUCCAUAUAAACAAUUGAAAGAUGUAGUAGAAAAAAAUGGAACAAAAUAUACAGGUGGUAAAGAUGCAGAACCUAUGUCAACGCUAGAAAAAGAAUUAUUGGAAACAUAUGAAGAAAUGUUUGGUAACGAAAGUGAUAUGUUGAAGUCGGGAAUGAGUCCAAAUGUUGAUGAAAAAUCUUCAACAUGUGAAUGUACUGAUAUUAAUGGUGUGAAAUUAGCAAAAACAAAAGGAAGAGAUAAGUAUUUAAAACACCUAAAACACAGAUGUAUAGGUGGAAUAUGUUCUUGUUCAGUAGGUAGUUUCCUAUUAACAAUGUUCGGUUUGCAUGCUGCUAAAGUUGCUGCUGUUGCUGCCGUCCUUUCUACCUAUGGAAAAACUUCAACUUGUUCAUCAGUUCUUUCUAUAACUAAUAUGUUUAAUCCUGCUACAUUACAGUCAGUUCUUUGUGCAACCAAUGGUUGUACUAUUGGUGCUUCUGAUGUAGUAUUACCUGCUACAAGUGCUGCUAUGGGAACAUUUCAACCUUGUGGUAUUGCAGCUUUGGUUCUGCUUAUAUUAGCUGUUGUACUUAUAAUAUUAUAUAUAUGGUUGUAUAGGAGAAGAAAAAAUUCGUGGAAACAUGAAUGCAAGAAACAUUUAUGCAAGUAA